UUGAAUGAGAAAAGAUAAUUUCUAUGGAGAAACAAUUUACCAUUGAUAUAUAGUGAUUUUAUUGUGGAGCAUACUCUUUUAAAACGAUUUGUUUGUUGAUCAAUAGAUCACAGCGAUGUUGCAUUGAUUUAUGUGUUUGGGACUAUUCUGCGCAAAAGACAUUUAUUACGGAUUUUUUCCAUUGUAAAGCAACUGCUGUUUAAAAAUUGAAGUGGGUCAAAGAUAACAUGAAUAUUAUUGCGAUAAUAUUACAUAUGAUUUCAAAAUAUGGCAGCGAAAUAUUCAUUGACAUGUGGCUUACGGAAAUUAUCAAUAGUGACACAUUAUGUAGAAUAAAGCCCGUUUACAUCGCAGGCGAUGGACUCUACGUGUAUGAUGAAAAUAACAACCUCAUCAUAUAGAAAGUGCAAAUAACGGAAAAGAUAAGGGCAACUUCAACAUAUUUCGAGCUAAUUAUGUAUUAAAUGUUAAAUUAUAAUGUACAGUGACGUUACGCUUCAGAGUUCGAUUUAAAGGGCUUUCCCGACGGUCAAAUGCAAUGGCGUUUCUCGAUGAUAUAGAGAAAGCAAUCUUCGGAGAUAUCAACACAACGGGUGUUCCUCGAAUUCAAGAGUUGUUACAGUUUGCUAACGAGUCGAGAAACCUGUCGUUCCACCAAGAAGAACUUGACGACGAGGAGUCAAACGUAUGUGGACGGGUAUUUCUAAUACUCGCGUACAGCAUUAUCAUUGCGAUCUCGUUGUUCGGUAAUACAUUGGUAUGUCACGUGAUAUUUAAAAACAAACGGAUGAGGACGGUUACUAACACAUUCAUCGCAAACCUCGCCGUUUCGGAUCUCCUUCUGACAUGCAUCAAUGUACCUUUUAAUAUAGCGCGUAAUCUCAUUGAAAACUGGCCAUUUGGGAGCGUCAUGUGUCAUUUGAUGAACUUUUCGUUAAUGGUGUCAUCUUAUGUGUCCACGUUCACCCUACUUGGAAUUGCAUUAGAUCGUCAACAAGUCUUAAUGUACCCUCUUAGUCCCAGAAUAAGCAAACCAAUAGGUAUCGUUGUGAUAACUAUCAUUUGGAUGGUCGCUAUAGGUUUGUCGCUACCAUUUGGACUUUACAACAAAGUUCAAACUGUUGAUUUCUUCUUCAAAAAAGUUAAAAGAUGCACAUCGGACUUUCCAAUCCCAAGUGAUAAAUGGGAGAAAUAUUUGACAAUAACGACCUUUCUUUUGCAAUUUAUCAUACCUCUGACAGUAAUCGGCUUCACAUAUGGAAGAAUUGCUAGAAAGCUCUGGGUUCGAACUCAUGUCGGAGCAGUGACGCAAAACCAACAGGUGUCUCAACAGAAAGCCAAACGUAAAAGCAUAAAAAUGUUGAUGGUGGUUGUGGUAGUGUUCGCAUUAUGUUGGAUGCCAUUGAACUUGUACCAGGUGCUCGCUGAUUUCAAUCCAGACCACUUUAGCAGUACAUCGUUUUUUAUUUGCCAUUGGAUUGCUAUCAGUUCAACAUGUUAUAAUCCGUUCGUUUACUGCUGGUUAAAUGAAGCAUUUCGGGAGGAGGUUAAGUCCCGGUUCAAAUGUUGUUUCCCAAAGUCAAAGCGUGUGCACCCCGGUGUAAUUAUAGAUGGUGCGCUUAUAAGAUCAGAUCGUAGCUAUCAUAAACUGAUUUCAAAAACCCCGUCAACCAACAGACGGACUUCAACUUCGAACCGACCAAACGCAUUGUACAAACUAAAAACAGAUAUUCCAACGAAAGAACAAUCAGAGGACCUAAUUGCGUCGCCUGACACUGGUAAUCCAGUUAGCGACGUUUCAGUAAGCGGAGCAACAAUUAGUGGCGCGCUAGAGACUGUCCUGGAAUUUCCAGAGCUGUGUAUUACAGAAAACAUUGAACUCUGCAUUACGGAGAAUGGUAAUGAUUUCGACCUAAUUCCGAAAGGUGGACACAUGUCCACAGGAUAUUGCUGAUAUUAUAUAUAUUUGUUUGGUUAUGUAAUAUACUGCACUAUUUUGAACAGAAAAAUAUCAAUAUUAAAGUAUUUACUGAUAAUUCUACAUGAGAUGAUCUGAAUUAUCAUUUACUAACUCAUCCUUUUCUGAUAAAGUUAUCUGUUUAACACAAAAAUGUCGUAAAUAAUUAAUAAAUUGUGUUAUUAAGGUCAGAAUUAAAUAAAAAUAUCGUAGUAGUUUUUUUUUCUAAAUUCAUUGUUUUUGUAAAUCAUUAUUAUGUGUCUAUCUUGACAUAAAUUUUGUUGCAGAUUAAGUUUUUUGAUAAUCGUAUGCGUUAAUGAAAUGAAUGUUUAUCUUAAAUGCGAAAGAAAUAGCAAAUUUAGACAUAUGAUUUACCUCUUAAAUUAAAGUGCAAAUUUAGCCAAUAUAUUACAUCAUGAUUUUAUUUAAAUCAACAUUUCCUUGAAUAUAAUAUCAUAUGCGUUUAUAUAUUUAAUGGAUUCAACUUUGAAAUACAAUAAAAUCCUCAGCGAAAGCAAAUUAACACAUC